AUGAUGUUCCCCUGCAGCGCUCUGCCGCCUCCUCUGUACCCGAGCUCACUGCGUCCCGCUGCGGCUCUCUCCUCGCCCCUGAACCGCUCAUUCCACUCAGGCUUCCUGGUAGAAGAUCUCCUCCGGUUGAGCCAGCCGGUCAGCUACAUACAUAGGACUUUCUCUUCCAGAACUCCCGGGGACAUUCUCCCGCUCAGCGUGGGACCGUGCGGCCCAUCCCGGGCGUUAGAACCCAGCACGGAGCGCUCUGUGCUUCAGAGCUCCGGCUCUCCGCACACUGCCUGCCCGGACUCCGGCUACCUGAAGUUCGGUGUUAGUGCGAUACUGGCACCGUCGACACGGAGCGUCCAGAGUCUUCAGACCAAGUCCUUCCCUCUGCCUUUCUUUGAUGGAGGCCUUCAUCCUUUCAUCAGAGCUUCCUAUUUCACAGCCUCAUCCUCUGUGGUUCCUGUCCCGGGAACUUUUUCAUGGCCCCUGGCCCCCAGAGGGAAACCCAGGAGGGGCAUGCUGAGGCGGGCUGUGUUCUCAGACCUCCAGAGGAAGGCCCUGGAGAGAACUUUCCAGAGGCAGAAAUACAUCAGCAAACCAGACAGGAAGAAACUCGCCAGUAAACUGGGGCUUAAAGACUCCCAGGUGAAGAUCUGGUUCCAGAACCGCAGGAUGAAAUGGAGGAACUCCAAAGAGAGGGAGCUGCUGUCGACAGGUGGCUGUCGACAGCAGACCCUCCCCACCAAAACCAAUCCCCACCCAGACCUCACUGAUGUAGGCAGCACCCACUGCCACAGGCUGGACAGCCAUGAGUCCCGUCUUCACCACCAUCACCAUCAUCACCAUCUUUCCUCUCCGUCAGAGUCCGGCAAACAGUCGGAGCUCUCAGAGUCGGACAGUGAAGAAAUCACCGUGUCAUAAGAGGCAGACAUCUGGUUAGACUCUCAAACAGCAGCCUCCUCUGAAGAGACCCCCUCAGCUGUCAAUGACUCCACAAAAACUGGUGAAUGGAGGCGAAAACCACAAGUGCUUGAAUCUUCUCUGUACAUAACUACAUCUACUCCGCCAUGUCUGUACAGUGUUGUUUAUAUGACUUGUAUAUGUAGUCCAGUAUAUCAAUAUACAGUAAAUAGAGUAUACAGUUAUUUUAGAUAUUUGUAGAUUGAAAUGUCCAAAACUCUUAAAUAUACAAAGUGGUCUUUCAUGCAUAUUUGUAUUCUUUAUAUUUUCUCAAAUAAAUCUUGACAAGUGUCAUUUUGUGUUGAUGUUUAGUGUCCUGCUUCAUGA